CUAAAUAGUUUGUGACGUCGCUGGGAAAGAUGGCCGCUACCGUAGGGGCAACGCUGCAUUUGUAACCCAUUUCACUGUUUGAGUUGUGUGGAAUAUUCCAUUUUUGUACAGCCUGUAUUUAAUCUUACAUGUUAUCGGAGUAUUGUAGCAGUUGUGGCAGAGAUGAAGACGUUCUGUGGAAGAGCCAACCCGACCACAGGAGCUUUAGACUGGGUGGAGGAGAGUGAGGAGUACGACUACCAUCAAGAGAUAGCCAGGUCCUGUUACGCAGACAUGCUCCAUGACCAUGACAGGAAUGAAAAGUACUACCAGGGCAUCCGUGCAGCUGUGGCCAGAGUAAAGGCUCGUGGCGAGAAGGUCAUCGUCCUGGACAUCGGAACAGGAACAGGCCUACUGUCCAUGAUGGCUUUGACUGCCGGCGCAGACUUCUGCUAUGCUGUGGAGGUUUUUAAGCCCAUGGCUGAGGCAGCGCAGUGCAUCGUGAAGAAGAACGGAUUCUCCGACAAGAUCAAGAUUAUUAACAAACACUCAACUGAUGUCACUGUGGGACCAGAUGGAGAUAUGCAAAUGAAGGCCAACAUUCUGAUCACAGAACUGUUUGAUACAGAGCUGAUAGGUGAAGGAGCCCUGCCCAGCUAUGAACAUGCUCACCAAAAUCUGGUCCAGGAGGUUUGUGAGGCGGUCCCUCACCGGGCCACCGUCUACGCCCAGCUGGUGGAGUCAGAGCUGCUGUGGAGCUGGGCUCAGCUGCAGCCGGUGGAGGUGGAGGGGGCCCGUUUGAUCCCGCCGCCCGAUGUGGGCCGUUGUGCUGGAGCUCAUUCCGUGUGUGACAUCCAGCUAAGCCAGGUGUCUCCUCACAGCUUCACCCCGCUGGGUCCUCUCUGCACCAUGUUCAGUGUGGAUUUCAGUAGGCCGGUAAGCAGUGCGUUCCAGUCCCACUCCUCCAAGUUUACGGCUGAGUCAAAUGGUCGUGCACAGGUCGUCCUUUCCUGGUGGGACCUUGACAUGGAUCCCAGUGGAAGCAUUGUGUGCACCAUGGCUCCCAGCUGGACGUACCCACAGCCAAAGAUGGCGCCGUGGCGGGACCAUUGGAUGCAGAGCGUGUACUUCCUGCCGAUGGAGAGCAGGGUAACAGAAGGAGACGAGCUAAGUCUGACUGUCUGCCAUGAUGACUACAGUCUGUGGUACAGCCUGCAGUCCCGCAGCCAACAGGACCCACAGACUGACGAUCCUCCCUCUCGGCCAUGUUGUACCUGUCAGGCUCACCUGGUUUGGAAUCGGCCGCGCUUUGGUGAGCUCAACGACAGACGGCGCACAGAGAGCUACGUCAGCGCGCUGCGAAGUGUUCUGCAGGAGGACAGCGUGUGUCUUAGCAUCAGUGAUGGAAGUCUGCUUCCCGUGUUUGCUCACAUGCUUGGAGCCAAAAAGGUCUACAGUUUGGAAAACUCCAGAAUGUCUAAACAGGUUAUUGAGCAGCUGUUGGAAGCCAACUCAGUGAAAGGAGGUGUGGAGCUGCUGGAGAUCAGGCCUGAACAGCUGACCAGUAAUGACCUGGGAGAGCAACAGAUCUCAGUCCUGAUGGGUGAACCGUACUUCAGCACCAGUCUGUUGCCCUGGCACUCCCUGUUCUUCUGGUACUGUCGGACAGCUCUGGUAGGCCUCCUCCGGCCCAACGCCACCAUCCUGCCCUGCUCUGCCACGCUUCACAUGAUGGCUGUCGAGUUCCAGGAUUUGUGGAGGAUACGAGCACCGUGUGGGACAUGUGAGGGCUUUGAUGUCACACCCAUGGAUGAAAUGGUCCAGCAAUCUCUGGAUUUCCGCGAGUCCCGUGAGGCGGAGCCCCACCCUCUCUGGGAGUACCCGUGCCGUGCUUUGACCCAGUCCACAGCCGUCAUGACCUUUGACUUCACACAGUGUCUCCCUCACGAGCCAAUCAGCAGUCAGGGCUCACUACCUUUCAUAAGGACUGGUCGUUGCCAUGGUGUUGUGUUGUGGAUGGAGUAUCAGCUAACCGAUGACAUCACUGUCAGUGCAGGUCUGACUGGACCAGUCAGUGAGCAGGGUGAGUGUGAGUGGACUCGCCACAGGAAACAGGGAGUGUAUUUUCUCAGCUCACCGUGGGAGAGCUCAGGUGAUGGCAGAGCCGCAGUGUCUUACAGCUUCACCUUUGAGCCCAGCUCAGGAGACAUUAAGAUGGACUUCAGCGUCCUGUCCCCGUGACGUGCAGCAAUCUGACAGGAGAACUGACGCUUCAUGCUUUUUACCUCACUGUCACUGUUUGCUUUGUGGCCCUCGUGGGUGCUUUUUUAACGUGUGGUUCAGCCGUUAUGGGUUUAUUGUUCUGGCUGAAACUUAGCAGUAUUCAGUGUUUUAAGAGUGUGGGAUAUGAAAACUGUCCACCACAAGUCAGAAUGUUACCGAUGCUAACCUUAUACUAAUUCAUGUCAAUGGAGAAAGCACUAGCACAAGCAACUAGUGAAGUUUUUACCAAUUCUACAACAAAUAAUAAAUCAAAUCCAUCACAUCCAAGGUCGAAGUCACUGACUGGCUGCUGGAUAAUCAGUCAAUUCGGUGCAGGUAGGGAUGCAAACUGGUGUGUGUCUUAGUAACUUGUGAGGGUGAACACAACCAGAAAUCUGAAGCUUGUUGUGUACCAGAGGCGAGGAAAGUCUUGUGAAAGUCACCCACCUGGCAAAGCCAAAUGCAUUGUUAUGGAAAAAUUUUAUAAAGUUUUAUAUUGGUUGAGCAGUUCUUUGUAUCUUUCUUGUCACAUUAGCAUGACAGAAGUUUGUGUCUCGUUGAAGGAACCGACUGUGGGGACCAGCAGGGUAGGGACGUCCCUGCUGAGCUCUUUUGAUCCAGUAGUAUUUCAAAGACUGUUAAUACUGCAUGUGUGUUCACCCACAGCCGCUCAGUGUUGUUUUUGGUGCCAUUAAUGUGCUGAAGUACACUCUGUGUGAAUGAACCCAUCAGGUGUGCGUCAGCCACAGCCAGCAAAAUAAAUGGGAUACUUCUAAACGUUAGGAUGGCUUUAUUUUAUUGUUUUAAAAUGAAACACAAAGAGGCAACAACAUGACUUAUACCAAACUGCCCUUAGAUAUAUAUAUAUAUAAAUAACCUUGAAUUGGACAGUUUGUAUGGACCUUCAUGUGCUUUGCUGGUGAACAUCAUGUAGUUUUUACUUCACGUCAGAUGUAAAUAGAACCUUGCAUGAAAAGAACGAAUGCAUUUCACUGUGUCUCGAGCUUUCAGUGCUAGAAGCCCUGCAGGUAUUUCUCACACCGUCAUUUGCAUAAUUAACAGCAGGAUUGAAACUACAAUGACAGUGCAGUUUUUUUUGAAUUUCACUGAAAUCUCGUGCUUGCUCGUUGUCAUAGCUGCAUUGCAAAAAAUCUCAAAUUAAACUCUAAAGUGUACACAACUUGCUGUUGUUGCUACAUGAAGGCAUAAUCAGAAACAAGAUGAUGCAUGUUGCAAUUUCAAAGCUGUCACACAGAUGCCAUUUCGCUGAACAGACAGAAAACUCCCAUCACAUCUGCAGUGACGCCACUGAAAAAGCAGCUUUCCACUGUGUGUUUUUGUGGAGGGAA